UUCUUCCUCUCCACGAAGUAGGCACAUCGCGCUGGGACUGGAGUCCCUCGCCCCGGCUCCGCCGCCGCCAUUUCCUUCCCAGGACCCCCUGCGGUCACCGCCUCGCCUCCAUCUUGAGGCUCCUCCUCCGCGGGAGCCGGGCGCCAAACUCGAAGCGCAAGAUGGCGGCGGAGAGUAUGUUCAACCGGCCGGUGUGCGUGCAAGUGAGGUGCCAGGGCUGCGAGGAGAGGAUUUAGCUGUUCGAUUGACUGAUGAUACUGAUCCUUUUUUCCUUUAUAAUCUUGUCAUAUCUGAGGAAGAUUUCCAAAGUUUAAAAUCCCAGCAAGGUCUCUUGGUAGACUUCUCUGCUUUCCCACAAAAAUUUAUAGAUCUGCUUCAGCAAUGCAUUCAGGAACAGAACAAAGAUAUCCCAAGGUUUUUGCUGCAGUUAGUUUCUUCAGCAUCUGUUCUAGAUCACACACCUGUCUUUUUAAAUGUAGUGGAGACCAACCCAUUUAAACAUCUUACCCAUCUCUCUCUAAAAUUCCUACCAGGAAAUGAUGCAGAAAUAAAGAAGUUUUUAGCCAGCUGUUUGAAAUGCCUUAAGGAAGACAAAAUGAUGUUGGAAGAAAAGCUUAGAAAAACCGAAGAGGAUCUUACCAGACAACUGAGCUACACUCAACAGAGCUUGUCAGAGAAGAGCCGAGAACUAGACAAACUGAAAAAUGAAUGGACAUCAUACACUACAGCUCUAACAAACAAACACACGCAGGAGCUGACAAAUGAAAAGGAAAGAGCUCUCCAGGCACAAGCUCAGUACCAACAACAGCACGAACAACAGAAAAAGGAGUUAGAAAAUUUGCAUCAGAAAAGUAUUCAACAGUUACAGAACAGACUCUCAGAACUCGAGGUCAUCAACAAAGAUCUAACAGAAAGGAGAUACAAAGGAGACUCCACAGUCAGAGAACUGAAAGCAAAGCUUUCUGGAAUAGAAGAUGAAUGUCAAAGAGCAAAGCAGGAGGUGCUGUCACUGCGUCGGGAGAACACUACUCUGGAUGCUGAAUGUCAUGAAAAAGAGAAACUCGUUAAUCAGCUACAGACACGGGUUGCUGUUCUGGAACAAGAGAUCAAAGAUAAAGAUCAGCUAGUUAUUAGAACAAAAGAAGUAUUAGAUGCGACACAAGAACAAAAGGCAAUACUGGAAGAGAGUACAGAGAAAAAACAAAGUCAUAUUGAAAAACUAGAGACAACAAUUAAGUCACUGUCAGCUGAACUUCUUAAGGCUAAUGAAAUUAUCAAGAAGUUACAAGGAGAUUUGAAAACUCUAAUGAGUAAAUUAAAAUUGAAAAAUACAGUAACAAUUCAACAGGAAAAACUAUUGGCAGAAAAAGAAGAGAGACUUCAAAAAGAGCAGAGAGAAUUGCAAGACAUGCGACAAUCUCUUCGAAUGAAAGAGCAGGAGGUUUGCAAGCUACAAGAACAGCUAGAAACUACAAUGCAAAAACUAGAAGAAAGUAAGCAGUUACUGAAAACCAAUGAAAAUGUAAUCACAUGGUUAAACAAACAGCUGAAUGAAAUUCAGAUGGCAAAGAAGCUAGAGACUUCUGCCAGUACACAUGGUGUUGUUAGGACUGCCAUUUCACCUCAUGGCAUGCCUGACCGACCGUCCUUUCCCAGCUCAGGAAUCAAUCAUCCCAUUUCUCCUCUGUAUGCCUUCCAGAACUUUCUGGAACCAGCACACAACAAAAAUGUCAAUUCACAAUGUCCAGUACCAAAGAUUCAGUUUAACACACAGCUUUCAAAAAUGAAUCAAUGUUCAGAUGUUCAGAUAGUGACUGCAACUAGUCAUCCAGCAAAUAAGGAGAACCUUUUUAUUUCUAGUGGUGAUAAUUUGGGGCUGGAAUCAAAGUAUUUCAAGAAAAAAGAUGACAGCAUUCCUUUACGAGGGCUUAGUCAAAAUACACUUAACUCAGAGUAUCUGAAACCGUACUUACCAACUAAAGCCCAACCGUCACCAAAAGCUGCAGUAACACCAGCCUCAGCUUAUUUUCCUGGAUAGUAGACAGGGUUCUUAAAGUAAGAGUCCUCUUUUAACUAUUUGGGGAAUUUUUGGAUGUCCUGUAAUAAUGUAUUAGUAAAGUAUCAAUGUGAACUGA